UUCAUGCUACAAGGUGCUGUUGAGAGACAACGUCGCUUGCCUGCAAGACAGGGAAACAACACUAUCUAAGAGGAAAGCCAAGCAAGACUCUACUGUCUUUCGGUUUCGAUGUUGUGGGAUAUUAACGAUGCGCACGAAAACGUAACUUUUAUUAAGUUUAUUGAAACGGACAUCAUCAUUCGCGCUUUUUUCUUGAUGUUGGAUUGCAUCCUUGUGGGGAUGAACAGAUACUGAAGUAAGUGUUGAAAACUCAGCAGCUGAUUACAUUUAACCGCGAACCUCGGCAAAGAGGAGUUAAGUGUAGCCUGUCGCAUGCUACGUGCCAAGCGUUCUCACACUGACUGACUUAUUUCUGAAGAGGCUCUGGCGGAGGAAAGAGAAAAGUUGCUGUGGGGAGGUUCGCCAACGGAAGGAUUUUUACCUCGCAAUUUGUACGAACUCUGUCCAAAAAUGUCUAAACCUUUAGAUCACGUCAAGCGCCCUAUGAAUGCCUUCAUGGUGUGGUCUAGGGCACAGCGGCGAAAGAUGGCUCAAGAAAAUCCCAAAAUGCACAAUUCUGAGAUCAGCAAACGACUCGGCGCGGAGUGGAAACUUCUCACCGAGUCAGAGAAAAGGCCAUUUAUUGACGAGGCGAAACGGCUGAGGGCCAUGCACAUGAAAGAGCACCCAGACUACAAAUACAGACCGAGGAGGAAGCCAAAGACUUUAAUGAAAAAGGACAAGUUUGCUUUCCCUGUGCCCUACAACCUUGGAGAGCACGAGGCGCUGAAGGUGAGCUGUCUGCCCGGUGGUCUGUCCGAAUCCCUGAUGAGCAAUCCCGACAAGGCAGCGGCGGCGGCCGCAGCAGCCGCUGCCAGAGUUUUCUUCAACCCCUCCAUGUCAAACCCCUACUCAUUUUUUGACCUGAGUUCGAAGAUGUCGGAGCUCUCGCCACCAACGUUUCCGUACGCGUCACCGCUGGGCUACCCAAGUGGCGCAACAGCUUUCUCUGGAACAGGAACUGUCGGAAGUGGGACACACACCCACACUCAUCCAUCGCCGGGCAACCCAGGCUAUAUGAUUCCAUGUAACUGCACAGCGUGGCCUUCGGCUGGCCUGCAGCCGCCCUUGGCAUACAUUUUGCUACCCGGCAUGGGUAAACCUCAGCUUGAACCUUACCCGGCAUACGCUGCUGCGUUAUGAUAGUUUGGAACAGCAGAGGAGUUUAAAAUGUGAAAGAAUAUCAUGCAAUAGUUAUUACGCAUGCACAGAUUUGUACAUGUGAUACAGUGCUCGUCGUAUCAGAUAUCACAUGUGUGUGUAUAUUAAUUAAUACCUUUAUGUAAGGUUUUUGCUUAUUUAGAGAGCUCUCUAAAAAUUUAGCCAUCUCCUGGCAAAUCCCAGAGGGAAAAACACAGAAGGAUGGCGCGAUGCAGAGCUGGCGAAGGGGAUGGUAGGAGACGUUUGCCCUUAUCAAUGUGAAUACUCGUUUCUAAAAGGUACCAGCUUUGAUUUCUAUCAAUUUUAGCUGCACCUGUUGGACUAACCUGUUGAGAUCGUCUCUCACAUGCCCCCAUCCUCAAAAAGUAUGAAGGACACAGGUAUCUCUAUAGUUUGCUGUCAUUCCACAUGUGGCCAGCCAAAAUGUGCAGCUGCUCAUGCAGGCCUAUUUAGGUGUUGACUUUUACAAUCACGUCAAUCGUCUGACACAGCCUGUGCUGAUCUCCUAUCAAUCAAAAUGUAACGGACUGUAAAUGUGUACAGGAAGAAUCCAAAAGUUAAUUUACAAUCUUUAGUACUUUAGGAAUGAAGUUGUCUGGGCUGUUAGAAAUUCACUGUAUAUUUUUCAUUUUUUUGAAAUCCUGUUUCAUAGAUGUAUGUGAUAUUUAUUGUUUAGUGAAAGCAUUAUGGUGACUCUGCUGAUUGGACAGGGGACAUGCUAGUCCCUCAACAUUUGCACAAAACACAUGAAGUGCAUAUACUGUCAUUAACAUAAAUAAAACGCAUCCCUUUCUUUGUAAAACUUGCCCCAAAGUGUUAAUUAGUUGCUGACCAUUCAUUCAGUACCUAUACACGAAAUAAUCACCUAUAUCUGUAAGGUGAUUUACUGGCGUUCGUGUUUUCAAAAACUCGUUUUCACUAACUCUUAAUGAACUUGUAUGUUAUGUGUUUUAUUUAACACCACUUACAUGUACUUAAAACUUUUAAAUCCUAGUUCACAUGUUGAACAGAAAGGUUAUAAUAAAGCGAAU